UGGUUAUGUAUAGUGUUUUAUGAUGAUCAGUUGUUCUAUUCCUGAUCAAGUCAGGAUUAUUGUUUUAUAGGCCACUCUUUAUAAUUUAUAAUUUUCACGAGUUUUUAUAGAGUUUGUGUAUUUGAACUCCUCUUUCUAAGUCAUGAUCUGUUUCUUAUUAUGAGUUUUGCAGGUUCAGUUAUCCCCCAAGUAUUGCAAUUCUCCACAAUAAAGAUACCUUUUCGUGAAAGACAAAAAAGAUGCAACAUCAUGCUCACAUAAGCCUCUGUUUAUUUAGUACUUUGUUGAUGAAAUCACCAGUAAAAUACACCCUAACUAUUUCUUUUAGCUUAUGUCUUCUCUUUCAUAUUGUGUAUGCAUCAAUAUUUAAAACCAAACAGCCUAAUACUCCUGACCCAUUACACACACACACACACACACACACACACACACAAAAUGCACUGGAUUGAGGUAGAGAAAUUAGAAAUGGAGGAGGAGGUGAUGAAUAUGUUGAUUUGGUUGAUUUUUGUAUGCUUGAGUGGCUUGUGUAUACAUGCGUAUAAUGUUCUGUGGGCAAUGCCUGAAAGGCUUAGAGAGAAGUUGAGAAGGCAGGGCAUCAGAGGUCCACCACCAUUUUUUCUGAUGGGCAAUGUCUCAGAGAUGAAAAGAAUAUCGUCUCAUCAUACUGAAGCCUCUGCUGGGUCUCUAACGGCCAACUAUACCCGUUCUAUAUUCCCCUACUUUGAGCACUGGAGGCAAAUAUAUGGUACCACACAUACCCACACUCACCCUUCUUCUUCCUUCAUAUGUUUUUAUUUUUAUUUUUUAUUAUGUCAUAAAUAAAAAAUAAAAAUAAAAACAUUUGAAGGAAGAAGAAGGGUGAGUGUGGGUAUGUGUGGUACCCUAUAUAAAUAAUUAUUUUAUUCCUCAUAAUUGUGUUUGCAUUCUUUAAUGGGUGACCUAGAAUUCCUCUAAAAUCUCAAAAAAUAGAAUACCCUUGUAUGUUAUAUGAUAUAAACAUUUGGAUUCCACAUAGUUUUGUUCUGUUUUUAUGGACCUUUUUUUUUGGUAGUUGAUGAGUUUGGUGCUUGCUAUUAUGCUAUAUGGUGUAUUUUCAUUUGCUUUGGUAAUGGAUGGUGAUGAUGAGUAUAUGCUAUAUUGUAGGUGCAAUAUAUAUGUAUACCACAGGAAAUGGCAAAAUUUGUACAUCAGUGAUCCUGUUGUGGUGAAGGAAAUUGGCUUGUUCAAGUCAUGGGACUUGGGUAAACCUGUAUAUCUAUUACAACAACUUAAACCCUUGCUUGGAUUUGUGUUUAAUUUUGUUGAGCAAUGUGCAAUCCCAUUUAGGCUAGAUGAGAGUUAAAGUUUGGACUCAUAUUAUUAGAUUGAGCUAGUGUUGUACAUGCUUUGAUGCAUGUCUAAAUGAGAGCAAUGUACAGGGCAUGGCGGGAAUAAUGGUGGAGUCUGCAAUGACAAUGGUGAAGUCAUGGGAAGAUCGAAUUGAAAGAGAGGGAGGACAGGCAGAUAUCAGGGUUGAUGAUGACCUGACAAACUUCUCUGCAGAUACCAUCUCAAAAGCUUGUUUUGGGAGCACAUGUUCCAAAGGAAAACGGUUCUUUGAACUCAUUAGAUCACUUCAAAGGGCUAUUUCUCGCACAACCAUUAUUGUUAGAAUUCCCAUUCUCAGGUAUCUUCCGACCAAAACCAAUAUAGAGGUGUGGAAGUUAGAGAAAGAGAUUGAGAAGUUGAUUUUAAACCUAGUGGCAGAGGGCAGUGGAAAAAGUGAGAGGGAUCUGCUUCAAACUAUAUUGGAAGGUGCCUAUGCAGAGCAGCUUGCAAAAGAAACGGCAAUUCGCUAUGUAGUAGACAAUUGUAACAACAUCUAUGUCGCAGGCCAUGAUACUGUGGCUAGUGUUGCAACAUGGACCUUGAUGCUGUUAGCUGCAUACCCAGAAUGGCAAACUCGGGCUCGAGCUGAAGUGAAUGACAAUUUUUCAAGGUCAUCCACCUGAUGCAGAUUCGCUCCACAAGCUGAAAACUGUCACAAUGGUGAUUCAGGAGUCAAUGAGGUUAUACCCUCCAUCUCCAUUCAUUUCAAGAGAGGCACUUGAGGACAUAAAGUUUGGGAAUAUCAACAUUCCAAAAGGAGUCAACCUCUGGAUUCCAAUCACUACGUUGCAUCGGAUGCCUGAAAUCUGGGGAGCAGAUGCUGAUGAGCUCAAGCCGGAGAGGUUUGCGCGUGGCAUCUUUGGUGCUUGCAGCUUUCCACAGGCUUACAUACCUUUCACAACUGGCCCUCGCAUAUGCUUGGGACAGAAAUUUGCAAUGGUAGAACUUAAAAUUCUUCUCUCCCUUCUUUCCAAGUUCACAUUCUCUCUCUCCCCUAAGUAUCAUCACUCCCCUGCCUUCAGAAUUACUGUGGAGCAGAAGUACAGGAUGAAUCUCGUAAUAGAAAAAGCACAAUGAUUCAAUUCUAUUAAAUGGUGAUGAUGAACCUUUGUAAUUGGCUUUUGUUCAAAUAGGCAAAUUUCUCCUAGUGUCAUUGAUUUUGGAGAUGAACAAGCCAGAUGUAUUUUCAUCUAAAAUUCCAUUAAUAAAAUUGACUAUAUAUUUUC